AUGAAGGCUUCUAUUCUUCUUCUUGCCGCCUCCGCUGGAAUUGCCCUUGCCCAGCCUACUUCCCUCGCCGAGCGCGACCACACCGAAUCUCCUGUCUGCCCUUGGUACAGCGAUGACAACCCUUUUCAGCCUACCGCCGCAUGCUGCUACAACAUGCCGUGGACUAGCGAACGUUUGCCUUACAAGGUCUGCAUGGCCCUGCGCAGAAUACUGCCGAAUUCGAGGAAAGCUGCCGCAAAAUCAGAGCCGACUCCCGACCUGUCUGCUGCCCCUUCAAGUCUCAUCACCGACGAUGAGAACGAGAAUAGGGGUGAUGACCUUCUCUGCACAAAGCCGAAGACCGUUAAUUAG